AUGGACAUCAGAGAGAUCACGCAUACAUCGCUGCUGCGCGACAAGCAGCGCACGCAUGUCUGCUCGUGGCGCGAGUGUCUGAAGAGCUUCACGCGCAAGUCAGAUCUGAAGCGCCACUACCGAAUCCAUACUAACGAGAAGCCCUACGGCUGCAGCUACGACAACUGCGGCAAACGGUUUGUGCAAAAGUCUGCGCUGACCGUCCAUUUGCGCACCCACUCGGGCGAGAAGCCGCACUGCUGCAUGGAGCCCAACUGCGGUAAGCGCUUUAGUGACUCGUCAUCGCUGGCCCGGCAUCGCCACACUCACAGUGGCAAGCGCACCUACCUGUGCGGCUUUGAUGGCUGCAACAAGCAAUUU